AUGCUUUUCCCAAGAAUCUUCAAACUUUUUGCUUAUGUAAUGGGGGAGGUACCAGCUGAUGUCUUUGAAGACAUUCAGAAGGACGUUCGAGAUAUGGAGGGGUGCUUUGGGUUUGAUCUGAGAUGGGUUCAUGCCAGGCUGGGUGCAGUGGCCAAGGCAAGAUUUGAUACCCAUCAUUUCGAGGAGUACGCCCAGACUUCAGCAGUGCUGGAGAAAGCUACAAGUGCAUUGGCUCAACUUGAAGGAGAGUUGUCUCGGUGUAGUGAAACUGCUUCUGCCCAUUUGGUGAACAACUCUAUUGCUACUAAAAUGAAACAUUUUCCCCUCGAGGGAGUGGUUAUUUUCCCGAUGAAAUCGAGGGCACAAGUUUGA